UAGGAAGUGGCUCUUGAUUUUGCUUUUCACCCUUCUCCUGCCCUGUUGCUCUGCUUUGAGCUGGCUCAAUCAGGGCAGCUGCUUGCUGCUUUGGCAGGCAGGGGGCUGAGCAGCUCUUCUGCACACCCAGCUGCUUUUCUCCUUCCUAGGUGUGGCUCCUAUAACUGGUUUCCUCAUUUUAGAAAUUUGUCCUAUUCAGUGAGUGAGUCAGGCAAGUGCUGGGACAAGUGCCACAGCAAAGCUCCUGAGACAAGGGCAGCCAGCAGAACCGCAGAGCUUCUGGGCCAGCUACCAAAGGACUACAGCCAAGGCACCAGGAAACAGAGAAAUUCAUGUCCUCCCUGAUGAAAUGGUUGUCUCUGCCUGUGACAGGCAUGUUCUCAGAGCUGAAGUUCCCUGUUCCCUGGGGCCACAUUGCAGCCAAAGCUUGGGGAUCCUCAAAAGGCCAUCCCAUGCUCUGCUUGCAUGGCUGGCUGGACAAUGCCAAUACCUUCAACAGACUCAUCCCAUUGCUUCCAAAAGAUUACUGUUACAUGGCCAUGGAUUUGGGGGGUCAUGGCCUGUCAUCCCACCGGCCUGCUGGCUUUCCCUACCACUUCCUGGACUACGUAAGUGAGGUCCGCAGGGUGGUGGCAGCCUUGCAGUGGAGUCGAUUUACGCUAAUGGGUCACAGUAUGGGUGGGACAGUUGCAGGAAUGUUCUCCUGCAUUUUCCCAGAGAUGGUGGACAAGCUGAUCCUCCUGGAAUCUGGUGGUUUCUUUCCAGCUCCUCAGGAUCAUGAUGCAUGGCUGGAAUCUAAGCGGAAGGUGGUUGAGAGCCUCCUGAGCCUGGAGCAGAACGAGCACCAGCCCCAUAAGACGCGCAGUCCCAAAGCAGCACUGAAGAGGUUAUUGGAAGCGAACCCCCACCUGACAGAGGAGAGUGGAAAGAUCUUGCUGCAGCGAGGAGCUACAGAGAUACCAGGUGGCCUGGUGUACAACAGAGACAUGAGAAUCCUUAAGCACAACCGGGAAUUCAUCACUCUGGAGCAGUGUGUGAGCUUCCUGAAGAAGAUCCAGGCACAGGUCCUAAUGAUCAGGGCCAAGGAUGGGCUUUUUCCUCAUGAAGAUCCAGAUAAAAGCAAGAACUUUGUAAAACCCUUGCAGGAUGCGUUCAAGUCUAACUUGAGAGAGAGUUUCCAGCUGGUGGAGGUGCCGGGGAAUCACUUUGUCCACCUGAAUGAGCCUGAGGAAGUGGCUGAGAUCAUCAGUGUCUUCUUAGAGAAGGACAAGGACUCCAAAGCCAGAUUGUAGCAUCAGGGUUGAGCUCCCAGGGGAGAUGGCAGUAGUGACAUAAGAGAAUGAGGAGCUCCAGAGCCAGUCUCUGGAGGCGACAGCACUUUUACCUGGUAAUGCCCUGAUAUUUUGCUCAUUAAAUUAUAUUUUCAUCUCUU